CCCGGCCUCAUGCUCACACAAGGAGCGAACGUUUUGUUCACUAAUCCCCCCUGGCAUUUUCUUUGCUCUCUGGAUCUCCAUCAUUAUCGAAGGAAUUGCCCGAGCCGGCGACCCGAAUGGCGAGCGCAUUCAGCUACCUCCUUAUCACCUUCAGCUUCUUUACCGUAGUCUCUCUCGCCCAAUCAUCUCCCUCUGCGUCACUCUUUCUCCCCCCACCUCACGCUGGGUCCCUCCCCGCCAUGCUCUUACCGCUCUUUCUUUCUCCUCCAAACGCUUCCAGAACCUCCCCCGAUACCCGUCGCCUCCUCCAGCGAUCCGAUGCUCGGAUGGGACUCUACGAUGAUCUCCUCCUACGCGGGUACUACACGACACGGCUUUGGAUCGGGACGCCACCUCAGAGAUUUGCCCUUAUCGUUGAUACGGGGAGCACUGUCACCUAUGUCCCCUGCUCUAGUUGCCAACAGUGUGGCACGCACCAGGAUCCAAAGUUCCAGCCAGAAUUGUCGAGCACCUACCAGCCUGUGAAAUGCAAUUUGGACUGCAACUGUGAUGAUAAGAAGGUGCAAUGUGUGUAUGAGAGACAAUAUGCUGAAAUGAGUAGUAGCAGCGGUGUUCUUGGGGAGGAUGUUGUAUCCUUUGGCAGUUUAAGCAAUCUUGAGCCGCAGCGUGCUGUUUUCGGCUGCGAGAAUGAGGAAACUGGUGAUCUUUUUAGUCAACGAGCUGAUGGAAUCAUGGGCUUGGGCCGUGGUGAUCUUAGUAUAAUGGACCAGCUUGUUGACAAGGGUGUGGUUAGUGAUUCCUUCUCGUUAUGCUAUGGUGGAAUGGAUGUUGGUGGGGGUGCUAUGGUUCUUGGUGGUAUUUCUCCCCCAACAGACAUGGUGUUUACCCACUCAGACCCUUUUCGGGAUGGCAACAGUCCAUACUACAAUAUUGAUUUGAAGAACAUACAUGUUGCGGGGAAGCCAUUGCUGCUCAAUCCAAGGGUCUUUGAUGGAAAACAUGGAACCGUCUUGGAUAGUGGUACAACAUAUGCCUACUUGCCUGAAGAAGCAUUUUUAGCAUUUAAGGAUGCUAUUAUGAAGGAACUUCAUUCCUUGCAGAAGAUUCGUGGUCCUGAUCCAAAUUUUAAUGAUAUAUGCUUUUCUGGUGCUGGGAGUAAUGUCUUGGAACUAUCAAAAACCUUUCCAGCUGUUGACAUGGUAUUUAGCAACGAGCAAAAGCUGUCACUAUCACCUGAAAAUUACUUGUUUCGUCACUCAAAGGAACAUGGUGCAUAUUGCCUGGGGGUUUUUCAGAAUGGAAAGGAUCCAACCACUCUUUUAGGAGGUAUUGCUGUCCGCAAUACUCUUGUUACAUAUGAUCGUGAACAUUCAAAGAUUGGUUUCUGGAAAACCAAUUGUUCAGAGUUAUGGGAACGACUUCAAAUAUCUGGUGCCCCUCCACCAAUGCCUUCAGCUCCAAAUGGAAAGAAUUCAACGGUAGAAAUCCCACCUACAUUAGCUCCCACUGAAGCACCACAUUAUGUGCUUCCAGGGGAACUCCAAAUUGGAGAAAUAACAUUUGAUAUCAUAUUCAACGUCAGCUACUCAGAUCUUGAGCAUCAUAUUACAGAACUGGCCAAGCUCAUAGCUGAUGACUUGGAAGUUAUUCCCUCUCAGGUCCAUUUAUUGAAUUUUACUCCCAAUGGAAAUGAUUCCCUCAUUAGAUGGGCCAUCUUUCCAGCAGGCUUCAGUAACUACAUUUCUAAUGCCACAGCUAUGAAUAUGAUUGCCCGAUUUGCUGAACAUCGAGUGGAGCUUCCUGGGACCUUUGGAAGUUAUAAGUUGGUUCGAUGGAGCAUUGAACCUCUGGCUAAACGGACAUGGUGGCAGCAAAACUAUCCGAUUGUACUUGUAGCCGUUAUUGGUACUUUACUGAUCGGAUUAUCAGCUUCUGGAAUGUGGUUUAUUUAUAGACACAGACAACAAAAGCUUAAUGCGUACAAGCCUGUCAAUGCAGCAGUUCCAGAGCAAGAACUCCAGCCGAUAUAAAGUAUUAGGAGCUACAUUUGGUGGUGAUGUAUGCCGAAUUACAUUGCUGACAGGAUCUUUGACUCACACAAUGACUGAAUUCUGCUACCAUGGCAUCUGGCCUGACUGAGAUUCUUGUUACCCUGAAAAUUGUCAUUCUUUUGUAAUUCCUUGUUCACUAAAUCUGGACAGGGAGGUAUAUGAACACAGGCUUUGGAUAUGCUUGUAAACGUUUUUAAUUGUUGAUGCAGAGUGCUGUAAAAUUCGAGCGAAACAAAAGGUUGCUUAAUAAAGCAAAAUUCCAUGUGCCUCUUUUAUCA